GGAUCCCUCCUCCUUCUCCUCCUCCCCCCACCCCGACGGCGGCCGCAUAUUUUUUUAUACAUAUUUUUAACCCCCAUUAUUUUUAAUUGUUUGUUUUAUUUACUGCGACGGGGGCGGCGGAUGAAGCGCGGCGGCGGCGGCCGCGGGACGCGGCGAGCGGCGGCGGCGGCGGCGGCGACGGGAGGAGCGGAGCGGAGCGCUCAUUUUUGCAAAGUUGGAACUCGUGGAGCUUCGGCUGCUGCCUUCUGCGUCUCCGUGGCGUUAUUUCAAAACGACCGUAAUUAAUUACGAUUUUUGUUUUGUUCGAUUUGAUUUUUUAAAUUUUUUUUUUUUUUUUUUUUUUGGACGAACUCUGGAUUUUGAAUGCCGGGCGCGGCCAGAAGAAGCGCAAACCAAUAGACACCUGUGCGUGUGUAUAUAGAAAAAUAUAUAUAUAUCGAUCUAUAUAUUAAAAAAAAAAAAAUUAAAAUAAGGACCGAACGACCGCGGCAGCCGCCCCCAGGCAGCGCCCGGCGGGGCGGGCAGGAGCCGCUGCGGGGCCGCGCACGAUGGAGGAGGGCGGCCGCAGCCCCCGGGAGGAGGCGGCCGAACCGCAGGAGUCCGGCGGGGACGCGGAACCCGGCGGAGGGCGUCGGGCUCUGCUGCUGCCCCCCGGCGACCCCCCGCACCCCCACCCGCACCCUCACCGCAUCACCAACUUCUUCAUCGACAACAUCCUGAGGCCCGAGUUCGGUCGGAGGAAGGAAGCGGGAGGAACCGCCGGAGAACCCCGCAGGCCCGGAGCGGAGAGCAGGAGGAGCCCCGCGGCCGCCGCGCCCGCUCCCGGAGCUCCGGUGCCCGGCGGAGGAGGCGGCGGCGGGGGUGGAUCGCCGGGCCGAGGGGAGGGCGGCCCCGCCGCUCUGGCCCUGCACGGAGCGGCCAAGAAGGGGGGAGACCCCGCGGCGCUGGAGGCGGCCCUGAAAGCGCGGGGGCUGAGCGGCGCGGAGCUGUCGGUGAGCUCGGACUCGGAUAGCUCCCAGGCCGGCUCCAACGCCGGGAACCAACCCAUGCUUUGGCCCGCUUGGGUGUACUGCACGCGGUACUCGGACCGACCGUCUUCAGGUCCCCGCUCCCGCAAACCAAAGAAGAAGAACCCCAACAAGGAAGACAAGCGGCCCCGCACCGCCUUCACGGCCGAGCAGCUGCAGAGACUCAAGGCCGAGUUCCAGACGAACCGCUACCUGACGGAGCAGCGCCGGCAGAGCCUGGCCCAGGAGCUCGGCCUCAACGAGUCCCAGAUCAAGAUCUGGUUCCAGAACAAGAGAGCCAAGAUCAAGAAGGCGACGGGCAGCAAGAACUCGCUGGCGGUGCACCUCAUGGCCCAGGGGCUCUACAACCACUCCACCACGGCGAAAGACGGCAAGUCGGACAGCGAAUAGCCGGGAAGGGGGGGAAAGGGGGGAAAAGGGGGGGGGGGGGGGGGGGAGGGGGCGAAGUUUAUACAAUGCAAUAAUUUAAUUAAAAAAGAAAAAAAGGAAAAAGGAAGGAAAAAAAAAAAAGGGCCAGUGUAUAAAGAUUAUACCAGCAUUCAUAGCGAAAAUAUGGUGUAUUAGAUAUAAUUCUGCAAUAUUCUAUGUAUAUAUAAUUUACAGGUAAGGUGGUGUAAAAAUACGAGAUAUCGGAUUAUAAAGUAUUUCUUUGUUUUGCUUUUUUCUUUUUUCGGGUUGCUGUUGGUUCCAUCGUUUUGCUUUCCUUUUUGCUUCGGCGGCUUUGGGGCUUUGCUGGUUUUCUUUUAAUUGCUUUCUUUUUUUUUUUUUCCUUUUGGUUGAAUGGAGAUUUUUAGACGCUGUCUUUAUGUUUUGGUUUUUUUUUUUUUAAUGCUUAAGUUCCGUUGUUUUUAUAGACUUAAGCGCUGUUUGGAUGGACAUUGGACGCUGUUUUUUUGACAUUCAAAAUAAUAAUAAUAAUUAAAAACAACUUUUGCUGAAGUCCAAAGAUUUUUAUUGCUGCAUUUCACACGACUGUGAACCGAAUAAAUAGUUCUCCUAUUUGU